UCGUGGUGUGCAAACGUCAAACGUAGCGGCAUCAAAAAGUCUUGAUUCCACAGAAAAGUUCGUGGCAGUGUAAAAUUUGGUGAAAUUCCCGUGCAAAUCCACGAAUUCCGGUCCAAUUUCACACGCAAUCCGUGCCGCAGUGACUAGCGAGCACGAUGACCGAGGACAACUCGUGGAAAACGUCCAGCUUCCGGCAGAGUGUCGUCAACAAGAUCAAUGAAGCGAUCCAGCAGUCCGGAAUGACUUCGAGCAAAAAUGGGCUCGAGAUGGAGAACCACGUCUUCACCAAGGCCCGCAACAAGGACGAAUAUCUGGGCUACGUGGCCCGGCUGAUUCUGCACGUCCGCGAGAUGAAUUCAAAAAACAAAAACCAGCAGAAUGCGGCCGGAUCAAACCAGGACGGCGGAGGGAAUCCGGGUCAGCAGGGCGGGAUGCCGGAUCCGAUAAAUGCCCUGCAGACGUUGGCCCAGCAGGGCACGCGGCCACCGAUGAUGGGAGGUGGCCAGAUGGGCGGACCCGGAAUGGGACCGGGUCAGAUUGGGGCGGGAAAUGCGUCCAAUUUGCUGCAAACGCUGAACCGUCCCCAGAUGCCGAUGACGGGAGGGAUGGCGAAUAUGCCGAACCGGGUCGGAGGAGGCCAGAUGAUGCCUGGUCAGCAGGGUCCGGGUGGGAUGCAGAUGGGCAUGGGAGGAAUGAGCGGAGGUAAGAUUGUGGGCAUGGGCAAUCAGGGCCAGAUGGCGAUGAUGCAACAAGGGGGACCGCAGCAGGGAGUUCCCGGUGGACCGAACCAGAUGAACGCGAUGGGAGGAAUGGGCGGAAUGCAGGUCAAUCCGGGAGGUCAGAUGAACCAGAACGCGCUGAACCAGCAAUUGAACCCGGGAGGGAUGAAUCCGGGAGCUGGACAGAUGGUUGGCAACAACCCGAUGAAUCCCGGUCAAAUGGGAAUGGGUCCGAACCAGAUGAUCCGACAGCAGAUGCCUCCGGGAAUGAAUCCGAACCAGCAGAUGGCAAUGGCCGGUGGUCAAAUGAACCAGAUGAAUCAAGGCGUUGGUGGACCUGGCGGGAAUUUGGGUCAGGUUCAGCAAGUCGCAGGACAACAACAGGUGCAAGGCGGAAUGCCACCAAAUCUACAGCAACCGGGCGGCCCGGGAGGGCCCAACGUUGGUGGUGGUCAAAUGAAUGCCGGUGGAAUGGGUCCCGGUGGCGCCAUGCCGGGUAAUCAAAUGGCAGGACAAGGCAACUUUGUCCCUGGAAUGGUUCGCAAACCACAGGACAUGAUGAGUGGAGGUCAGGUUUUCCCCGGUGGAGCCGUACGCAGCGUAACUCCUAAUCAAUUUUUACGCCAAUCUCCGUCGCCGUCAGUUCCGUCUCCAGUUGGGCCAGGCUCCCUCGGCCCACAGUCUCAUCCAGGCCAAAUGAUUCCUAGCCCGGCCCUAAUCCCAUCACCAAGUCCGCAAAUGGGCAGCGUCCCUCCGCGCAACAUUGGCCAAUCACCAGGCUCGAACCUCAACACCCCAGGCCAACCCGGAGGAGCAGCUCCAAGCCCCCUGAACCCACAGGAGGAACAACUCUACCGUGAAAAGUAUCGCUCGUUGACCAAGUACAUCGAACCGCUCAAGCGCAUGAUUGCCAAAAUGGAAAACGACGACCACGACAAGAUCGGCAAGAUGAAACGUUUGCUGGAAAUCCUCUGCAAUCCAACCUGCCGAAUCCCACUGGAAACCCUCUACAAGUGCGAAGCCGCACUCACCAGCCAGCUGGGCUCGAUCCGCGAAACUCCCCUAAACAACCCGCUGGUGGAAGCCGUCUCCGCCAAUCUCCAAAGCUCGCUCGGAAAUCACACUCUCCAGCGCACGUUCCGUCCGUGCCUGGAAGCCCUGUUCGGCCCAGACAUCAAAAAUCUUCCAACUCCAGCCAAACAACCGAGGCUCGCCGUCGAUGAUCCCCAAUCGUCCAGCCUGUCCGGCGGCCAAGAGAUUCCGCACAUUCUCCAGGGCGAAAUCGCUCGUCUCGAUCAAAAGUUCAAGGUCUCCCUGGACCAGUGCGCCAUCGGUGGCACCAAAACCAUCAAGCUGAUCUGCUGGCUCGACGACAAACAUCUCCCGUGCGUUCCGCCCAUCGCCGUUACCAUCCCGGACGAGUACCCCUUCACUUCGCCUACCUGCUCGCUCAUCGAGCAGGAGUACAACGCGACACCGUUCCUCGUUCAGGUCCAGCAGUCGUUCCUGGCGCGCAUCUGCAAGCUGCCGGAGAUGUUUUCGCUGUCCCAUCUGCUGGACACGUGGGAGAUGUCGGUGCGCCAGGCGUGCGCUCCCAAUCCGAGCCUGGUCGCUCCGAGCGCUACGAGCGUGCUGCUCGGAAUGUAAUCCGGACGGAAGGUUAGUGGAGGGUAACAUUUUUUUCGUAUUUUUUUGCAGGACUUUCAAUAUAAACUUUUGAUUAAUAUUCAAUUUCGAUCACAAUAAGA